UAGGAAGACAUCAAGUGCUGGUUUGCUGGGAUGCAGUGUGUGUGUAUUUGGUUGGUAUUUCACAGAAACCCAAAAUGCAAAUUCAGUUUGUUCACAGAUGCAGAUGAAUGAUGCGUUUUAUAUGUGGCCUGCACAGCCUCCCUCUUGUGCAUUAAUUUUAUUUCAACGUCAGUUUCACCAUGAAGAGCCAGAAACAAGUUCCUCAUUUGAAACGUUUAGGUCGCCAUCUAGUGGUGAAAAAUGCGACGUGCAAGUCACUGGAUUCCAGCCAAGUUGAAGGGAUAAAUACAGGCAAAUCACACACAUUAUGGCUGUGCAAAUGCAAAUGAAAACAACUAAUAGAACAACUAAUAGAUAACUAAUGUCACCGCCUCUAAACGUUCUAAUAAAUUUGCGAUAUUUCAGUACAAAUAUUUACCAGUGAAUGUUUCACAUUCCCUGCAAGCUGUAUUCCCUGUGUAGGUUUGGCCCUAUAAAAUGUCACAAUUUGUGGUUAGCAAAAAUAAAACGGUGGGAACAGCAUCACUGGAUACAGAAAUAUCAUGCAUCUCAAUCAGGUCACUCAUUAUUAUCUUCACUGAAUGUGGCCAGUGCAUCUCCAUUUUCUCUGUGGUGCCACCUUUCUGCAUGACAGAGGGAGAACAAAGACGCUUGUUUUAUCAUGUUCCCACCACAGGAGGGAGUACUAACUUUACAACAUCCCUCCUAAUACACUCUGACAUGAAAGCACACACUGACACACACAGACAUACUGUAUGGCACUGGAUUAGGCAGCACACAGAAAGAUUACAGCGUCACAUGGUGGCCCCUCCAAAUGGUGCCUGCCUGUAACCUGCUUCCCCUCUGCUGCUCUAUCCCAUCAUUCAUUUGGAGUGGGCGUAGGCUCAGGCAGCAGCAGCAUCACAAAGGUUCAGCUCCUCCCUGCUGUGUCCUGGAGGAAGGGAGAGACACAGAGAGGAUCAGGGUCAGAUGAUAUUCCAGUCUGAGUGACGAAGGCAAUGUUUGCAGUACAGCGUGUGUGCACGUGUGUGAGAGACGACAAAUCAGAGAGGGUUAGUGAGGUUUAAGGGGGGUGGGUUGUGUGUGUGUGUGUGUGUGUGAGAGAGAGACAGGGACAGACAGAGAGGAAAUCUAAGCAGAAGGAGGAAAGGGACAUAAAGAGAGGAAGGAAAAAGGGGCACAAGAAAAAAGACAAGACAAGAGGAUCCAGAUUAAGAGGGAAGAUGGCUGAGCCGGAGCUGAAAUCACGGAGCAGUAGAGAGAGCGUUGCCAAGGCGGCGAGCCAGGAGAAGAUGGAGGCAGCUGAAGCUGACCCAGAACAAGAUGAUCUUAUUGUAGAUCAGCCAGCGUCUCCAUCAACCCCCAUGGUCCCUGCUGCCACUGCCGCGAGCCCUGCUGAUGGCUCAUCUGGCAAAGCGGAGAAGAUUGUACUCAAACGUAGCAUCACCCUCUUCAAUGGUGUGGGAAUGAUCAUAGGUACCAUCAUCGGCUCUGGCAUUUUCGUCACUCCGACAGGCGUGGUCAAAGAGACCGGUUCAGCUGGACUCUCCCUGAUUGUCUGGUCUGUCUGUGGAGUGAUCUCUACCAUGGGUGCCCUGUGCUACGCCGAGCUGGGAACAACCAUCACCAAGUCGGGGGGAGACUACACUUACAUCCUGGAGGUGUACGGCGAACUGGCGGCCUUUCUAAAGCUGUGGGUGGAAAUGCUCAUCAUCCGGCCGUCAUCGCAGUAUGUGGUGUCGCUGGUGUUUGCUACCUACCUUCUGAAACCUCUCUACCCAAACUGCAGUGUGCCCGACAGUGCCGCAAAGCUCAUUGCCUGCCUGUGUCUUACCUCCCUGACGUUUGUUAACUGUAUCAGCGUGAAAGCGGCCACCAAGGUCCAGGAUUUGUUCACUGCCUCCAAAUUGCUGGCCCUGGCCAUCAUCAUUCUUUUUGGGUUCAUCCAGAUUUUCACAGGCGAUGUGCCGUACCUGACGCCAGAAAAGGCCUUUGAAGGCAGCAAAAUGGGAGUGGACAACAUUGUCUUGGCUCUGUACAGUGGUCUCUUUGCUUUUGGAGGCUGGAAUUAUCUGAAUUAUGUAACAGAGGAGAUGAUCAACCCUGAGAGGAACCUGCCAUUGUCCAUCAUCAUCUCCAUGCCUAUAGUGACGGUGGUGUACGUCCUGACCAACCUGGCCUACUUCACCACCAUCUCUCCUCAGGUCAUGAUUGAGUCCGAAGCUGUUGCUGUGAGUUUUGGGGAGUACCAUCUUGGUGUGAUGUACUGGCUGAUUCCUGUCUUUGUGGGACUGUCCUGCUUUGGAGCCGUCAAUGGAUCCCUGUUCACCUCGGCACGGUUGUUUUAUGCUGGAGCUCGAGAGGGUCAGCUCCCUGCUGCUCUCGGAUUGGUUCACACCGAGCUCUUCACACCAGUCCCAUCCCUCAUCUUCACGUGUUUGCUAUCCAUGAUGUACGCCAUCUCCCAGGACAUCUUCUCUGUCAUCAAUCUCUUCAGCUUCUUCACCUGGCUGUGUGUUGGUAUGGCCAUUGCUGGCAUGCUUUGGCUGCGCUUUACUAAGCCCGACCUACGAAGGCCCAUUAAGUUCCCUCUGGUCAUCCCUGUGACUUUUGUUUUGGGCUGCGUCUUCAUGAUCAUUGUGUCCUUCUGGGCGGCUCCGUUUGAGUGCCUGAUAGGCAGCAGCAUCAUUCUCACAGGCGCCCCAGCGUACCUACUGGGCUACAAGUGGAAGAAACCCCAUGUGGUCAAGAAAGUGCUGGAAAUCUUCACCAUGUUCUGUCAGAAGAUCUUCAUGUCUGUUCCUGAGGAGAGGGAGCAACAUGAGGCGGCUGAAUAAUGCUGGACACGCUGAACAACAUGAGGGACUGGCUCAACAUUAUCGUCUGAACAUUCUUUACAUGUUUACAUUCAUUCACCUGUGGUUUGGCUACAGUAGUUUUGUUUUUUGUUUUUUAUUUUUUUAGUAAAACUUUUGUCUAAAUAGCUGGGUAAGAAAUUUACAAGCGUGGCCCUGGCAGUCUUAGUCAUGGCUUUUAGAUAUUUUCCACUGCUUUUAAUCUAAAUCUGUUUGACAGUUUUAUUUCCUUUAAUGCUAAAACAUGCUUAUACAUAGCAUGUUUUUAACGGAGAGUCGUGUAUUCUAGAAAACAUGGCAUCAGAAGCUGCGUACAAUAUACUCUAGUGGCCUAAAACACAGAAGUUAUCAUCGCUUGCCUCAAGUAUACAAAAGAGCAGCUCAGUGAGACGAAGAAAACUUUUUAAAAAACUUUUUUCAGAUUUUAAUAAAUUCUACCAACCAAAAUGGGUGUAGUUUAUUAUAAUUUACAGAUUUAUUGAAUAUGAAUCCUGUGAGUUAAACUUUCUGUUACUGUUGAUGAUGUCUGGGCUGAUUUGUGAAAAAAGACCUCAGAUAAGAACCAAUCACUGACAGUAGUUUUCCAUAAGAUUAUGGCUGAAGGAGGAGAUGGUUAACUAGCAUAACGCGUUUCACGCAUAGGCUACUAACUUUUAUGGUUGAUCAAUUGAUUCAAUAUUUCUUUUGUAUUCAUUUGUAAAAUGAGUCCAGAGCACAGUCUUAAAGCACAAACUAGGUGAUGCAGUGUGUGUAAUGUUUCCUUAAGGUGUGCUGCUGUGAAUAUGUUCUGUUUCUUGUAUGAUUCUGUUCUCACAUCAGUCCGUGUCAGAUAUGUGAUGAUGUUUGAUGAAAUGACCACGGAUGCUGGCACCUCUUUGUGAGGUAUCAUUAUAAGAAGCUGAAGACCUGUAUAGAUAUCAUUCUGGUUGUAUUUAGUGAACUCCAUUGUAGUGUUAGUGUUUUGUAUUGCGUGCAUCUAUAAUCUGUGGCAGACAUGUCAGUGCUGAUAUUCCAGUUGUUUUGUUUUAUUGUCACUGUAAGACCAGAAUGAAUGUUACGGAUUUAGUGACACCAGCUUUGCUUUUAUUAUUAUUAUUAUUUUUAGGAAAUAUACCUUUAAAAUCUUACUUUUACAGUGAAUAUCUUAGGUUUUCUCAAAGUUACUGCAAGCACUUUCCCAGUCUUUUCAAGAUCCAAGAGGGGAAAAAGUCUGUGAGGAAAAUGAAAGAGGGCAUGAGUGUAGGGGUUGGGAAAAGUUUGUGGAUUUUCCACAGUCCUCUUAAAUAUCAACCGCUGGUCAGUAGAUUGUCAACGUCUACUUGUUGCUCUGAUAAUCAAGGUUUUGCAGGAAAGAUCAAAAGGAAAUCCAUUUACUAGAAUUGGAAGAAAAUGCAAACUGAAUUGCACAAAACCGAACAAAUGAUAGCCACUCUACCCACAUAAAUGGAGUUAAAGCUUUCAGAAUUUCUUACAAUGACAGACAGCAGAAUGUGGAAAAGCCUUGUAGAAAAAAUACCUACAGCACAUUCAUUUACCAGAACAUCCUUUUUAAGAUGAAAUGUGAUUUUUCUCUUCUGAGAAACAUCAUCAUCUUAUUUGUUAAGGGAAAUUGCUACUGUAAACUACUCCCUCAUUACAACAAGAUGCAGCUGAAAUCAAGUUUACCACUUAAUGAAAACUGGACCAUGAAAUCAUAAUUACAGUUAUACACACACACACACACACACACACAUAUAUAUAAAUUACCACCUGAUGGUGAUAUUUCUCAAAAGCAUCUGAUCUGUUCAGUCUAGACUUUAAGAAACAUAAUAUAAUACACCUUUUCCACUUCCACAGUCAGAUAGCACACCAUGAAUCAGCACAAUACUUUAAAGAAGAAUUCUGUAUGUGUGCUUCAUAAAUCUAAAUUAAAACAGAGGGCAGAAACACUCACUUGAUUGUGAUAUGAAGAUAAACAGCAGAGCCUGUCAUAUGUUCUGUUUGUUCCAUAACAUACUGUAUUACUUUGUGGAAAGUAUUACUAUAUGUAUGUGAAGUAAUAAUACCAUUCUUGGUAUAUGCCUAUAAGUUGUUACAGAGACAAAAGGUAAUUUUUUUAAUCUUCAAAACUGAAUGUCAGUUAUUGUAACUCUUAUAUGUCAGUGACCAUGG